AUGCUGUACCUGAACCAAAAAUAUUCAACAAGUGAAAGUCGUUUAGCUGCAUAUGAUGUACUUGUUGAAUUAGUUCGAAAUUGUCGUACAAAUUUAACAAUUAUUGUUGAUCUUAUUAAUCUUCAUCAUAGACCUUUACUUGAAAAACAAACUGAAUGGGAGUUUAUGCCACAAGUUAAUCCUCGUGUACCUUGUGGAUUAGUUGGACUUUAUAAUGGUGGUGCAACAUGUUAUAUGAAUUCAAUUCUUCAACAAUUAUAUUUGUUCGUCGCAUAUUUAAUUUUGCCUUUGCUCUUGUUUUCUAAAAAUUUAAUCUUUCAUUUUGUUCCUGAUGAUGUGACCAGACGGGUCACGAAAGCUUGAGUCUUUUUUUUUCUGUAUGAAAUAAAAAUCAUGAUAUUUGCUGCAGUUAUCUCUUUCUUUUUAAGUUAUCU